GUGGCUGCUGGGAGAUUGCGGAGCCCGGAAGUAAACAUAGUACAAUUGGCUUCUUCGUUUGUCGUUUGGUUUGGAGGUUGGCUGCUGCGGGAUUGGAGGAGACCAAGUAACCAUGUCGGCUGCAGCUGUGGAAGCAGUUAAUGCUGCCCCCUUGACCGGGUCGAAAGAAAUGAGUUUGGAGGAACCAAAGAAGAUGACCAGAGAGGACUGGAGAAAGAAGAAGGAGCUUGAAGAACAGCGAAAACUGGGUAAUGCUCCUGCAGAAGUUGAUGAAGAAGGAAAAGACAUCAACCCUCAUAUCCCUCAGUACAUUUCUUCGGUACCAUGGUAUAUUGAUCCAUCAAAAAGACCUACAUUAAAGCACCAAAGACCACAGCCAGAGAAACAAAAGCAGUAUAGCUCAUCUGGAGAUUGGUACAAGAGGGGUGUAAAAGAGAAUUUCAUAACUACUAAGUAUCGCAAAGGAGCAUGUGAAAAUUGUGGGGCCAUGACACACAAAAAGAAAGACUGCUUUGAGAGACCUAGGCGAGUUGGAGCAAAAUUUACAGGUACUAAUAUAGCUCCAGAUGAACAUGUACAGCCUCAGCUAAUGUUUGACUAUGAUGGGAAGAGGGAUCGGUGGAAUGGCUACAAUCCAGAAGAACACAUGAAAAUUGUAGAAGAAUAUGCCAAAGUUGAUCUGGCAAAGCGAACACUAAAAGCCCAAAAACUACAAGAAGAAUUGGCCUCAGGAAAAUUAGUGGAACAGGCUAAUUCUCCAAAACACCAGUGGGGAGAGGAGGAACCAAAUUCUCAGACGGAAAAAGAACAUAACAGUGAAGAUGAGGAUGAAGAUAAAUACGCAGAUGAUAUUGACAUGCCAGGACAGAAUUUUGACUCUAAGAGACGAAUUACCGUCCGGAAUCUCAGGAUUAGAGAAGAUAUUGCAAAAUAUUUGCGGAAUUUAGAUCCAAACUCUGCUUACUAUGAUCCCAAAACCAGAGCAAUGAGAGAGAAUCCCUAUGCCAAUGCAGGAAAGAAUCCAGAUGAAGUUAGUUAUGCAGGAGAUAACUUCGUCCGAUACACAGGGGAUACCAUCUCCAUGGCGCAGACACAGUUGUUUGCUUGGGAAGCCUAUGACAAGGGAUCUGAAGUGCAUCUGCAGGCAGAUCCUACAAAACUAGAGCUGUUGUAUAAAUCAUUCAAAGUUAAAAAAGAAGAUUUCAAAGAACAGCAGAAAGAAAGCAUUCUGGAAAAGUAUGGUGGCCAAGAACACCUGGAUGCUCCUCCAGCUGAACUGCUUUUAGCUCAGACUGAGGACUAUGUGGAGUACUCGAGACAUGGAACAGUCAUCAAAGGACAGGAGCGGGCUGUUGCCUGUUCCAAGUAUGAGGAGGAUGUGAAGAUCAACAAUCACACGCAUAUUUGGGGAUCUUAUUGGAAAGAAGGCCGAUGGGGAUACAAAUGUUGUCACUCUUUUGUCAAGUAUUCUUACUGUACUGGAGAAGCUGGGAAGGAGAUUGCUAAUGCAGAGGAAUGUAUUCCAAGUGAUGUAACUGGAGAAGAGUCCAUGAAGAAACCUCAGACCCUAAUGGAGAUGCAUCAGGAAAAACUAAAAGAGGAGAAAAAGAAGAAAAAGAAGAAGAAACAUCGAAAGAGCAGUUCAGAUAGUGAUGGCGAAGAAAAGCGUGAAAAAUUGAAAAAGGCGCUGAAUGCAGAAGAGGCCCGUCUUCUUCAUGUCAAGGAGAUCAUGCAGAUUGAUGAGCGGAAGCGGCCUUAUAACAGCAUUUAUGAAACCCGGGAACCAACGGAAGAGGAAAUGGAGGCCUAUAGAAUGAAACGUCAGAGGCCAGAUGACCCCAUGGCCUCUUUCCUUGGCCAGUAGUAACUAGUCAUAGAAGGUCAUCCAGGAUGGACACAACGGAUAUGUUCUUUUCAGCUUCUUGCUGAUAAUUGUAGAUGGAGGAAUCCUUGUCAGCUCUUCUUAAUGCCUGACUUUAAUAAAGCUUCCAGAAGUCCUAUAGUAAAUUCAUUCCUUUCCACGCUGAAGAAACAAAAUAAAGAGGAAGUACCUUAAAUGAGAAUUCAGAUUUUAUUUUCAGUUUUACGUGAGUGAUGUGGAAAGAGUCCCUAGGUCACUACCUAUCAAAGUGUCCUCUACGCAACAGUUCUUAUAUCUCAGAUUUUAUUUCCUCAACUUUCAUGGCCCUUUAGUAUUCGUGCAUGUACAUUUUUUAAUGUAGAUUAGUUAUUUUUUCUCAAAAACAGCAUUUUUUUUUUUUUUUGAUUAACUAGUAACUCUACAAUUGCAGUUAUUUUAUAAAUAUUUGUCUUUGUCUUCUAAGGUUUUCCUGCAGGAACUGAGGCUAAAAGAAUUAUUCUACCUUGGGCUUUGGAUCCCUGAAAGGAAAUCUGUAUAGCAUGUGAAUAACUUUUUCCCCCAUGUCAAUCUGAAUAGCAGUAUUUCGUUUUUUACUUGGUUAUAAAAGUUUGAUUUUUAAUACAUUUCCUCUGCUUUACAGCUAGAAGUAAGUAUGUUAGUCUUGCCAUAUUUAAAAUACAUCAGUGGAAAAAUAGUUAUUUCUUCAUCCUUGAAUCAGUGUUGACUGAUCAACACUAGGUCUUUUACCAUUCUGGACAUGAGCCUUUAGACAUAAUAAUCCUUUAGUUUAUCAUAGAGGAUAUGGGUUUGUGAUGCUGUUAUUUUAAUUGUGAUUGCCUUUAUGUAACAAUCAUGAAUAUUAAAUUUGGUAGACUAUAGAAAGUCCAUUGUACUUAACCUUUAUAGCCAGCAGGUGUCGCUUUCUAUGUAAAAUUAGCAAAAGGCAAAACCUGAGGUUGAAAUUUUCUUCAAUGAACUAUAAGGAAAGAUUGUAGGGAUCUUAGUAACUGAGAUUGCCAUGAUCCUGAAACCUCCACUAAGCAUAUCAUGAAGCUAAUAUUGAAGGGAAUCAGUGAAAACAGCCUGUUAAAAACCUCUGAUAUGAGCAAACUGACCUUUAACAGCUCACGGGCUUUUCUAAGCUACCAAAAACCAUUUGAAGGAUACUGCAUUAAGUCAGUGUUUCAGAAAUAGUGUUGGUAGGAGAGUAACUGAAUCAGUUUCUCAAAUACUACUGAUAUACAUGUACUUGGGUGGUGCAGUGGUUAAUGUGCUAACCGAAAGGUUGGAGUUUUGAGUCUACCCAGAGGUACUUCGGAAGAAAUGCCUGGCAAUCUACUCCCAAAAAAUCAGCUGUUGAAAAUUCUACUCUGACACACAUGGCGUCUCCAUGAGUCAGAAUCAACUUGACAGCAGCAACAAUAAAAACAUUGAUAAUACAUGGUAUCUAGAUUAAGCUCAGACUAGUAUGAAAUUAAAACAAUGGAAAUAGAUUUCAUUCUUACCUGCUUUAAUAAUGUCAAAAUUUUAUGUUUUCAUAUUUUUUACCUUAACGUGGACAAGAUAGCUCAACAUAAAGCCUGACAUUGGUGUCUAUUUUGUAUUUAUCUUUUGUCAGUAAAGAUACAUGUAUCUGAGAAUACUUACCUGAGUAUUUUGUAGCCUUAUUUCAAAUAAAUUUGGUAGAAGAGUGGGGUAUAGGAGUGGCAGUAAGCCUGGGUAGCAUCUGUGAGUUUGUAUUAGAAAAUGUCAUGAUACUUUAACAACAACAACAAAAAUACAUCUCCUAACCUUUCUGGGCUUCAGUUCUCUAUGAGGUCUAAUUUACUCUUGAUUUUAGGAAGAGUUCUAAUAUAUUCAAAAUCAUGUCUUAUUUCUGUUUCAUUUUGAAAUAAAGGUAACAUCUGGAAUAUUA